AUGGAAGACACAAAAAUUAUAUAUCACAUAGACGAUGAGGAAACUCCAUAUUUGGUGAAAAUACCGGUUGUGCCGAAUGCAGUAACGCUUGGAGAUUUUAAAAAUGCUCUUAAUCGGCCCAACUACAAGUUUUUCUUUAAGUCACUUGACGCCGAUUUUGGGUUUGUUCACUUUGACUUUAUGCAUAAUACUCGCAGAGUGGUUAAAGAGGAAAUAACCGAGGAUGAUGCUCGUCUUCCAUGCUUCAACGGGAAAGUUAUUUCCUGGUUGGUAUCCGCGGACAGUAGCACAAAGUCGGAUAAUCAUUCUACAGGUGAGGGAAUAUCAGUACCACACCUAUCUGGACAAAACAAGGGGAUAAAUGGCACCGGGAAGACUACUGAAACCUCUGGUCCAGCCGUUAGCAAGUCAAUGGAGCCGCCUAGUGAGCAAGAACAUGCGGUUGGUACGACCGGUCAUAGUUUGGAGGACUGUGAUACGUGUGCAGAAACUGAUUCUGUAUAUAGUGGUGAUCGUGUGCCACCUCUCCGGAACUUUCAUGUAUACAAGCAUGGUUCUCGGCUAACCAAACUCGGACAGCGAGCACCAGCUUAUGAAACGUCAUCCUCGCUGAUGAGCUCCGAUCUAGAGUCCACAAGUUUCUUUGACUCGGAGGAUGAAUCCAGUCGGUUUUCAACCGCCACUGGGACGACCAUGUCUUCAGCAAAAUACGCACGACAUAGGAAGCAACACAAACGUCGGCGAUUGGUUCCGAUUCGACGGAUUAGUGAAGACGCAUCUUCGUUCAGCAGCAUGACAGAUUCCACGAUGUCUUUGAAUGUGAUCACCGUAACCUUGAACAUGGAUACGGUCAAUUUCCUUGGAAUCAGCAUAGUAGGCCAGUCAAAUAAAGCCGGUGAUGGGGGUAUCUACGUCGGCUCCAUAAUGCGUGGAGGUGCCGUUGCUCAGGACGGGCGAAUAGAACCAGGUGAUAUGAUUUUGGAGGUUAAUCGUAUCAGCUUUGAGGACAUGAGCAACGACGAGGCUGUGCGAGUGUUGCGUGAAGAGUUUCGCUGGUGCUGGGAUCCUAGUCCGAAAGACUACUUCACUGUUCCUCGGCAAGAACCCGUGCGUCCGAUUGAUCCACGCGCCUGGGUGUUACACACCAAUGCUAUGACGGGAGGGAUGGGUGCUCCCGGUGGUGCAACACCUUUCACCGGUGCUGGGCCUUCUACCGGUAUGGGCAUGAUGCAAGGCGGUUUUCUCGGACUUGGAGGUAAUCCCGGCCUGCCUAUGAAUGCUCUACCUCCUGGAAUGCCCCAAUUGCUACCCCCUUCUUUAGCCAAUCUUAGUGCCGUCCCUUCUGCAUCGAACAUGACAAGUAAAUCCCUUCCUGAAGCUGCUGAGGCUAAUGAUGGUCCUGUCGGAGAUGGCCGUGGCUAUCGAAGCGGUGGUCCCGGUAGCAGUGGCGGCGGAGCCGGCAGCACGAAGACCGCGGGAUCCCGUUCAGGUGGCGAAGUCGACCACAAAAUGGGGAAUACUUUACUUGGUACUGCCAAAUCUGCCAGCUCCUUGACCGUUACCACAGACAUGGCUUCGGUUGUCCAUAAUAUGUUGCUUCCUGACUCCGAUUUGGAAAUCCACGACCGAACAUGGCUCAAAAUCACCAUUCCAAACGCGUUUAUUGGCUCCGAUCUGGUCGACUGGCUCUAUGCUCAUGUGGACGGAUUCGCGGAUCGCCGAGAUGCUCGGCGUUAUGCAACAGAAAUGCUCAAAUAUGGAUACAUCCGACAUACGGUCAAUAAGAAUACAUUUUCAGAACAAUGUUACUAUGUAUUUGGAGAUAUCGCCUCAGCGCUUGCCCAGCUCAGUUUCGAAGAAGUUGAUUCCGUUUCUGAGGUCGGUGGACCGUCCGGUGCGCAGGGUCUAAUGGCGCAGCGCUUCAUUCAAAUGCACCAUGCCAUGCCAGACAGUGCAUCCUCAGGUUUGACUCUUUUACCCAAUGCAAACGCUUCCGGUGCAUCAAUGUUUGGAAUGAUGCACCAGCCAACCAUGCAACCUCCUCAGUCAAUGGACGGUGCUAAUGCAGGAACAACUUCUGGUCCACACUAUCCUUAUCCGCCCGUACUUUAUCCCAUCGCGGCACCUACGCCUGUCUCAAACCCUUGUUUUGUCGACGGGGCCGGUGCAGUGAAUGGUCGCAUAAACACAGCACCAGCAUUACAAGGACAGAUGCUGAUGAAGAACCUCCCAACAAAUCCUAUGGACACUCCUGUAUCCCAGUCAGUCAUGUUUUCCCAACCAGGAAUCGAUGGACAGGGAUUUUCUUUAAACCCACUGCCCACGCGGAGUCACGUUGUCGGUCAAGGACAUCCUUGUCUAACACAGCAGCAGGUUGAGAAUUCGUCGUCUUCCAGUUCCUCUCGUUCAUCCGCCUCUUCGGCUUCUUCUUCAUCAUCCACAGCGUCAUCAGGUACACGUCUUGGUCCCAACUUAAAAAAUCAUAAAGGACCUACUUCGAAUGGGUCUGGUAGUGCUGGUGGUAAUACGAAACUUAUGGGUGAACUGACUGGUCCGACAGCAUCUGCACAUACUGGUUUCGUACGAAACGCUCCCCCAAGCUUGCAGAGUGUAUCUGCUUCCGCAUCUCCUCGUCAUUGCUUAUGCUUACCUAUUCAUCGGAAACCAUCCCAUGCAAGGGUAGCAGCUGUUCAGUCGGACAAACCCGCGUCUAGCAAUGGCUCGAGCCCUGCUGUCACUCAAGCAGAGACCGCAGUAUCUGUUAAGGACAAUCGGCCGGUGGACUUUUCUGUUGAUCAGAAAGAGGCGAACGGUUUUGAAGACGCCAAUGGUGCCAGUAGUGCAAGCAGUGCCAGUUCGGCUAGUCGGCAAAAUGGCACCGGAGCCAGCGCAACAGGAAGUGGCAGUGGAAGUGGUCCAACAAACCGAGUUUCUUCGCGUGCGUUGUCUAGCGGUAUUCAUCCUUCUGCUUCUAGGUCAGUGGAAUCUACAGAUUCUGCUGGCCGCAAUCCACCGAAUUCCAUCUUGGAUAGCAAGGUUCCUUCUUCCGUCCCGACACGCAUUGGGCCAGAUCGGGCAGGUUCCGUAACCGAACUGUCCGGUAACCCAACGUUGGAUUCUUCCCGUUCCAAGCAGAUCGGUCUCGUCGUCCAAACCAUUUGCUGCGCCUUCACUCCUUUGUAUAUUGUGAUUCCUGACAUCUCCAUCCCACAGUGUGCUUUAUUGCUCAUAAUGGCGACGCAUUUGCUUAAGAACCGCCAUCAUGACAUGUCACCCUGUUUGGAGCAAAACAUUCGGUACCAGUUUUUACGGGCACAGAGUCUUUCGAGUUCCACUAGCCGUUUUGCUUUAUCUGUGCAGCAUUUCCGAGCUGAGUCCUGUUCUUCACUUUGAAAUUCGGACCCUGCAUUACAUCUAAACGCUGAUACCCAACCAUCCACCUUUCAUCCUCGCAUUUUAUUCAUUUUCUGUCUCGAACUCAUAUCCUUCGUGUCUUUUUUAAUUUCAUUACCCCCGGUCUUUGUUAUAUCAUCAUGCAGAUUCGAAGUUCCGGUUUCUGUGCUUUUAGAACCACAUUGAUCAUGCACCGGGCCCUUUUUGCUCAUUUGAUGCCUGAUUAUCGUUGAUUUUUAGAUUCUGGAGGGCUACACGUGAUGGCAAGUAGGUAACUGACUCUUCACUUCUACACUGUUGUUGCUCUGGUUUUUAGGGAGACGCGUGAAAAACUUACUCACUUUGUACCCCAACAUCCUAUAUUUAUCAACUCUGUACUUCUUCCACAUCCUAACUUUGACUUCAAUGGUUUUACUUCUGGUUCUCAAGGUUUUUUUUUCUGAUCUUAAUGUAGCAAUCUAAUAUGGUUUCAAUACGCUACACAAUGGUUCUUCUCGCGCUGACAGCGCGAUCCUAUUGACUUUAUUGUUUUUUUCUUACCAAAUACAGACACUGAAAAGCAAC